CCUGCUUCCGCCUCGACCGACUUCACCCAGGCUCAGCCACCUCUCCAAGCAGACAGUUCAGCCUCCUCCUCCUCCUCGACGGCCUACUUCAAUACUGCUCAAUUCUCCCAGCCUUCCUCCUCCACUUCUCCCUACGAUUCUUCUUACACACCUACCGCUGCUGGUCUCUUUUCCUCGCCAGAGUUUGACGCUGCUCGGCUUCAUCCGCUCGCUGGAUUGGGCAAGGACGAAGUGGAAUAUCUAGACAUUGUAGACACUGCGCCCAACUCGCUAGAGGGAGCUAGGACUGCCCUGCCCAGUCGAGGAUGGAGUGAUGAUCUUUGCUAUGGUACAGGGACAACCUACCUCUCCGGACUCGCCAUUGGUGGUUUGCUCGGUGCUCGGGAAGGCUUGACAAGACCCCUCGGUGUGGACUCGCCGACGCUGCGUCUGCGUAUUAAUGCCAUGCUCAACCAGGUCACUAGGAGAGGAAGCUUCAUGGGAAACAGCGCUGGUGUCAUUGCGCUCUUGUACAAUGCCAUCGACGCCAUCAUCGACAAUGCCCGCGGCAAGCACGACAUGGCCGGCGCAAUGGCUGCUGGAGGACUGUCGGGAGCCAUCUUCAAGGCCACU